CUUGUAGUUGCUAUUAGGAGGCAGCAGUUCUCCAAUCUGAUUAAGAGUGUGUAGUAGAGUAUUGCUGGUUGCAGAUUUUAGAGACUAUCAGGCUUCAUUCUGCUUUAACCAUUCACACUAAAAGUUCUGUGGUCGUUCAAUAGUUAAUCAAAAUUACAAGAAUGCUACAAGCUAUUAGUCAGUGACUUACAGACGGAGCUGCCAUAGACUGUUUACUUUUGUUUUUGUUUAGCUGCUUUUUGGUUUAGCUAUGGUUUUCUUGCCUGAAGGAGGAUAUACAAAUGGAGUAACUGAUUCAUCUCCUGAAGGGGAGAUUGCUUCCUCAGGUGAAGCAGUGAACAACUCUGUAGCAAUGCAGCAAGUACUGGAUAACCUCGGUGAGCUACCUACAUCAACAGGCGCAAAGGAGAUCGAUCUUAUCUUUCUCCGAGGCAUAAUGGAGAGCCCAAUUGUAAGAUCAUUAGCAAAGGCUCAUGAGAGGCUGGAAGAUGUUAAACUGGAAGCAGUACGUGACAAUAAUAUGGAACUUGUGUCAGAAAUUCUGGAGGAUAUCAGACCAUUAACAAGUAAAGAUGACAGUGCAGCAGAACUCUCACGAAUUUUGAAAGAACCCCAUUUUCAGUCCUUAUUGGAGGCCCAUGACAAAGUGGCAUCAAAAUGCUAUGAACUGCCUCCAGAAUCUGAAGUUAAUAAUGAAGCACCAGUCAACAACCAGCAACUUGUACAAGCUGAUGCCGUACGAAUGAUUGGUAUCCGCAAGAAGGCAGGGGAGCCCUUGGGUGUCACAUUCAGGGUUGAGAAUAAUGACCUAGUAAUUGCUCGAAUACUUCACGGAGGAAUGAUUGAUCGCCAAGGCCUGCUUCAUGUGGGAGACAUCAUUAAGGAGGUGAAUGGACAUGAUGUUGGAAACAAUCCAAAAGAGCUCCAGGAACUGCUAAAAAGCAGCAGUGGGAGCAUAACUCUGAAGAUACUUCCCAGCUACAAGGACAGCCCCACACCUCAGCAGGUAUAUGUAAAAGCACAUUUUGACUAUAAUCCUGGAAAUGACAAUUUAAUUCCUUGCAAAGAAGCAGGCCUUAAAUUUUCAAGAGGAGACAUCAUGCAAAUUGUCAACCGUGAAGAUUCAAAUUGGUGGCAGGCUUGCCAUGUGGUUGGAGGGACAACAGGACUUAUUCCAAGCCAGUUCCUGGAAGAAAAAAGAAAAGCAUUUGUGCGGAGAGACUGGGAUGGCUCAGGAGUCCUCUGUGGAACUAUUAGUGGCAAAAAGAAGAAAAAAAUGAUGUACCUCACAGCAAGGAAUGCAGAGUUUGAUCGCCACGAACUACAGAUUUAUGAAGAGGUGGCCAAAAUGCCUCCAUUUCAGAGGAAAACACUAGUAUUAAUCGGAGCCCAGGGGGUUGGUCGGAGAAGUUUAAAAAACAGACUUAUAGUACUUAAUCCUUCUAAAUUUGGAACAACAGUACCAUUUACUUCAAGGCGACCAAGGGAUGAUGAAAAAGACGGCCAGGCUUACAGAUUUGUAUCAAGAGUGGAGAUGGAAACUGACAUUAAAGGUGGUCGCUACCUGGAACAUGGAGAAUACGAGUCAAAUCUGUAUGGUACCAAGAUAGACUCCAUUCAUGAAGUCGUCAAUGCAGGAAAAACCUGUAUUCUAGAUGUUAACCCCCAGGCUCUGAAGAUUCUGAAGACAUCCGAGUUCAUGCCAUAUGUUGUAUUUAUUGCUGCUCCUGAGCUGGAUACACUACGCUCUAUGCAUAAAGCAGUUGUUGAUGCAGGAAUAACCACUAAGCUUUUAACAGACAUGGACUUGAAAAAGACAGUUGACGAGAGUGCUCGGAUUCAGAGAGCGUACAGCCACUACUUUGAUCUGACCAUUGUAAAUGACAAUCUAGACAAAGCUUUUGAAAAACUCCAAAUGGCAGUGGAUAAGCUCUGUACAGAACCGCAGUGGGUGCCGGUCAACUGGGUCUAUUGAACUUGUAACUGAACUGGAAGGAAACGCAUGUGGACACACAAACCGGGGAGACCUGUGCCGACCAAGUCUUCAUUGGGUAUCCCAUUCAACUACAGUACGUUCACUUUUUAUAACAAAAUUCUAGGGAAAGUGUACUUAAUUUAUUUUAAUUUUAUACAUUUUUACAAAGCUCUUUUUAUUCAUAUCAUCCUAAACUUCAAGAAUUCAACAGAAAUGGGUGCAUUUUUUUCUGUUCUUAUUUGUUCCUGCACCUUGUGUGGCAUUUUCAGCUAAAGAUGUGAGAAAAAAGCAGACCUUUGAAUCUCGUUCUUCACCCGUAAAUCAUGUCAGAUGUAAUCAGGAACAUUUUUUUUUUUUAUAAGAAGGAAACUGUAUGCUUCAGCUGGGAUCUUUUACUUUAGAGCAAUAUGACAUUUAUUUGAAUUUCCACUCUGUCUGAAAAUGAACUUCCAGUGAUACUCCACAGUCUGUGUUUUUGUUAAAAAAAAAAAAAGAAGACAAACAGGGUGCAUUCAAAUAUGAAAAUCUCUUGUUCUAAGAUGAUUCAAUUAUGAAAUGCCGAUUGUUAAUAUAGAUGCUGCAUGGAGACUGAGGGUCCAAAACAGACAAUUGUAUGUUUUCAAAAAAAGGCAUGCACUUCUGCACGUGUUCAGCAUUGCCAAAAACAAAUUGGAAUACAAAGCUGGAACCUGGUGUUCAAAGUAUUUCUGCAAGGGAAGAAGAAUUAAGAGAGCUCAGUAUUUGAAAGCACCUCAUGUGCAGUAUUAAUGUGGCCAGUCUUUAAAUUCUGUUUAUAUCCUAAUAAUAUGGAGAAAUAGAGACCUGAAGAGUAGCUUUAUGUGAAAGAGUUCAUCUAUACACUCGUAAAUAUAUAUAGUAUAUAAAUAUAAACAUAUAAAAUGUAUAAAUGUGUACGCAUUUCCCUGUACUCUUAGAGUAAAUUCCGAACAGCAGAAGGGUUAGUAGUAUGCGGUAGGUUUUAACGUGUGUAUUCACUUACUGUCACUUUCUCAUUUGUAUCUGCAACCCACAAAUCCUGUUUGCUGCCAGUUUUAAUUCACUUUGUAUCACAGCUCACUCACACAUCCUUUUCUUUUGCUCAAAAGGGUUUAUAUCUUACAUGAAAUGAUACUUGUGCAGGGGUCUAAAACACAAGGGGUCAAAGAGGGGAGUAGGGUCAGUGAUCCACAGUGACUCUGGAGGGCCUGCAGCUCUGAGGUUGAUACGCACUUUAGAGAGGCCCUCUUGGGCUUCACACAGACAUAAACAAUUUAUAGCACCAUUUGUCACUACUUGUCUACGUAAUGCAGAUAUCAUUAUUUUUAUUCAGUUUAUAUUAAAAAAAAUACCAUAAAACUGAAGACUUCCCAAGCAAAUGUUUUCAUCUCUUCAGAAUGCACACCCUAACUGUAACUCUACAAACGUGUAGAUGAUUGUUUCCCAACUAUUUUUCUCUGGUGGCACACUUUUUUUUUUUUUUAACCCAAACCAUCCCAAGACACACCACCGUUCUUCUAACCUCAUACACAUGCCCAGCUGUCUGAAGGGGCAGGACUGUGGGAGAAGCCGGUAAAAAGGGCAGCCCGGAUAUCAGCGUUCCCAGACACAGUACUUUGGUGGCAUCUCCCAGCUGCUUCGUCCCAUUGCCUGUCCCUCUCUGCCUCAUAGGCAACACGUAUGCCCACAAUAAGACUUGCUGGUGACCACACACUCUGGCGGAUGGACUCCAGCAGUCCGCAGACGUGUCUGAAAAGUGUUCCAAGUGCUGUGUCUGCAACGUAGUGAUGGUAGAACUGCUUUUAUGCCAGCUUCUCCAGGUGGUCCUGUACUCCUCAGACAGGUCUGGACCACCUGCGGAGCUUGUCCCUCUCAGGUUCACACCCAGGUGUGCUACACUAUUAUUUCCACAGCACACUUGGGUAGCUCUCAUGGCGCACCACUGUGCCACAGCACACUGGUUGGAAAUCGCUGGUGUAGAUGAUACGCCAAAAGAAAGAUUUAUCCAUCCGUCCAUUAUCCAACCCGCUAUAUCCUAACACAGGGUCACGGGGGUCUGCUGGAGCCAAUCCCAGCCAACACAAGGCGCAAGGCAGGAAACAAACCCCGGGCAGGGCGCCAGCCCACCACAGAAAAUAAAGAUUUAUGCGAUAGAUAAUAAGGUGAUCAACUUUUAAACUGAAAUGCUUGUGACAUUACUGUUAAUACUAAAGAGAGGUAAAGGUCAUUACAUUCUGGACAUUAGAAGUUCCAGAUAUUACAAACACUAGUGCCAGCUUGUGUGUUAUCAUGAGGGCCAUCACUCCUGCAUAGCAACCAGAAGAAACGUCACAAUGGCUUUCGGAAGUCUAAGGGAGAAGGCGACGUCCAUUUUUAGACAAAAGCUGCUCUUACAUCAUCAUAACAGAAAUCAGGUUUGGAAAUAAUGGAGGUGGCAUGCCAGCUUGAGCCUAGGGGGGGCUGGAUGGGGGACGGGAGGGGGUCACAGAUUAAGAAAAAAAGAAUACAUGGUAAAACAUUGCUUAAAACUUAAUUUGUAUUCUGUUCAUUUUCUCCAGGCAAACAAUUCCCAUAUUUAAUUUGCUGAUCAAAAGCGUAUUUUAUUUAGAUAUAAAAUUGUAUCAAUUUAGAACAAUUCAAUUUAACUGUACAGGUAGUUUUGAUUUCUUCAUCAGGAUGAUAUUCAGUUUAAUAUUGGCUCUCAGCAUUGCGUGUAUGGGUAGGAUGUUUUAAUAUGGCGACAAACUUCACUGUUGACUUUCAUCAUCAAAGCAGGUGCUUGAGAAUGAAGUGACAUUAUAAUUCUCUUAGGAAGCAACAGCCCAUCUGGCCAGAGGCACCAGCUCGGGCCACACUUGCACACAUUCUCACACCCUGCCAAUUUAAGUUGCCCAUUAAACUACAUGUACCCUUUUUGGGUCCCACAGACAGCCCACCUGGAAAAUGUUUCAGUCGUCUCACUCCAUAGUGCUAAUGCUCUGCUAGUUUGUGUGCCAGUGGGCACUCAAAGGCUCCUGCCCACGUUUUCUGUUCAUGUUUUUCUUGGACGAUUUGUUUUUCAGUUCCUUUAAUAAUAAUAAUAAUUUUUUGCAUUUAUAUAGCGCUUUUCUCACUACUCAAAGCGCUUAGCAAUUGCAGGUUAAGGGCCUUGCUUAAGGGCCCAACAGAGCAGAGUCCCUUUUGGCAUUUACGGGAUUCGAACCGGCAACCUUCCGAUUGCCAGUGCAGAUCCCUAGC